GUAGACCUGAACUCAAAUACAGAGCUUGAAUGGUUGGCAAAUCACAUGGGGCAUACACUGUCAGUGCAUCGCCAAUACUACCAGUUGCAAGAGCAAACACUUGAGCUUGCUAAAGUUAGCAAACUAUUAAUUGCUUCAGAUGCUGGACAUGCUCACAAAUAUUCAGGGAAAUCACUGGACAAUAUUGCAUUGGAAGAUGUUGAGGACUUUCCUGACUUAGAGGAUGAACCUUUGAAUGAUAAUGCUGAAGACAAGGACAUAUUGAAUGAUGAUGUUGGUGUGGAUGAUGGUUUUGGAGUUGAUGAUGAAGAUGAUGAUGACUAUACUGCUGAAAUCAGUGUUGAUCAUGAAGUUGUGCUGAAAAAGCAGGCAAAAGCCAGAAAACCAUGGAAGAAAGAAGACAGAAUACUCCUGAAAAGGGUAUUUUACCAAUGUUUGUCCACUAAAAAAACACCUACCAAAGCAGACAUCAUGCUUGGUGUAAGGAAGAACGAUAAAGUAAAAUCUCUGUUUGAAGAGAGAGGAUGGAAAGCUUUGAAGUACUAUGUUUGGAAUUUAGUCCAACAACAUAACAAGCUGCAAAAGAAGCUACUGGAAAAGAAAGGAAAUUGAUUUGCUCCUUACAUGACUGAGUAACAAUUAUGGUGAUGAAAUUAAAACGAAGGACAUUCUGUAUUCUGUGUCAAACCAUUGGAACAUCAAAGUGACAUAUUUUUUACAUCACAUAUUUUUCAAAGUAACAAUUUAUAGCCCACCUUCACCCUAAGAUGGUGCACUUUAAAUACAUGUAUUGCCCUGCAUUCAGCCUCUUGCUGUCAUCCAUCCUUAAACAAGCCUUUCAGACAUUUUAUGUGAAGUAAGGUUCCCUUUGGUCUGUUGUGCUGUUUUGAUUUUUGAAUGUCUGCCUGACUGCCAUUAUGGCUUUUUGACUUUGAAAUUAUAACACUGAUUUUUUAGAUGGAUCUUUCUCAAAUGUCAUUGUAAAAUUCCUAAUUUUGAUUUUUUUUCAUUAUUUUAUUGCUAUUUCUUGAGAACUACUAAAUGAAUCUUUUUUUUAUAUAUUUUCCUCGGUCCAUUGUUAUGUUUGUAUUGAUUUUGAAACUGAUCAAAUAAACAAAAUUGCUGUCAUGAUAGUUGUUGACAAUGAAAGCUCAUUGUUUCUUGAGAGGUACUCACGCAUUUGAUUCAAAUUGUUCUCCUAGUUGUACCCUUUUUAUUUGUAAACAAAAUCGCUCUUAAACACCGAUUUCUAUAUUGAAAUUCCAUAUGUAGGUGCACAUUGGUCUCUAGUUUUGUCUUUUUGACUUCUGGACUGAUCAGAUAAAAAUAGUUGACUGGUUGUCAUCUUGUGAUUUUGACAGUAAAAAUUUGUUUAAUAUUGUAUGAUAAGAAAACAAAAUUAAAUAUGUAUUGAACAAUUUUACUCAAGCUAUAUACUGAACUCUUCAAUGAACACCACUGUAACUUCA